GCUCAAGUGCAAAUGCGGCCCUGCCUCCUGGGUCAAAAAUAUAAUAUUUUUACAACCAUGGAUAGUAAAUAAUGUCAGGUGAUAAUACACGUUCCCACAUCGCUUAUUUACCUUAGGUAUAUUUUAUGUUGCUUAAAAUUAACAAUGUUUCCUUGAUCCGCGAACGGAGGUCAUCAUAUUCGUCACCGCAUGCAUAAUUGACACCCUUAAAUAGGGCAUUCAAAAAUGACUGAUAAAAUUCAGUCAGGUCAGCCUCAGCCCAUCGUCAAGAUAGGCCACUACACUCUCGGGCCAACACUGGGCGUGGGAACAUUUGGGAAAGUUAAAAUCGGAGAACAUGCGCUGACCAAGCUCAAGGUCGCUGUGAAGAUCCUGAACCGUCAAAAAAUAAAAAGUCUCGAUGUUGUUGGGAAGAUACGAAGAGAGAUUCAAAAUCUCAAACUGUUUCGACAUCCUCACAUUAUUAAACUAUAUCAAGUAAUAAGCACGCCAACGGAUAUCUUCAUGAUCAUGGAAUAUGUAUCUGGAGGGGAAUUGUUUGAUUAUAUAGUCAAGCAUGGAAAGCUCAAGGAGCACGAAGCCCGAAGGUUUUUUCAGCAAAUUAUAUCUGGUGUGGAUUACUGCCACCGACACAUGAUUGUUCACCGUGAUUUGAAGCCUGAAAAUUUACUGCUAGAUCAUAAUCUCCAUGUUAAGAUAGCAGAUUUUGGCCUAUCCAAUAUGAUGACCGAUGGAGAAUUUUUAAGAACAUCUUGUGGCUCUCCGAAUUAUGCGGCACCUGAAGUUAUCUCAGGAAAAUUAUACGCAGGUCCGGAAGUCGAUAUUUGGUCCUGCGGAGUUAUUCUUUAUGCACUGCUUUGCGGCACAUUACCUUUUGACGACGAGCAUGUGCCAACUUUGUUUAGAAAAAUUAAAACUGGCAUUUUUCCUAUUCCGGAAUAUUUGAACAAAUCUGUGGUCAGUCUGUUAUGUCAUAUGCUGCAAGUUGAUCCGAUGAAAAGGGCUACCAUAGAAGAUAUAAAAAAGCACGAGUGGUUCCAGAAAGAGUUGCCCACUUAUCUAUUUCCUUCGCCUGUCGAGCAAGACUCUUCCGUGAUCGAUACAGGGGCUGUUAGUGAGGUUUGCGAAAAGUUCAACGUCAAGGAUAGUGAAGUACAUUCUGCGUUACUGAGCUGCGACCCUCACGAUCAAUUGGCAAUUGCUUAUCAUCUAAUAAUUGAUAAUAAAAGGAUCGCCGAUGAAGCUGCGAAAGCGGAAUACAAGGACUUUUACGUCGCCUCCAGUCCUCCACCAGUUGCCUUUAGUCCGAGCGAAUCAAAUAACAGUCCAUUACGUCCUCAUCCGGAGAGAAUCGCUCCAUUGCGCGAAACCAAAAACUCUCAAGGUGGAGCUUCAGCGCAGACUCAAAGUGGAGCAAGUGGUGCGAGCCGUGGAACACCUGUGAAGCGAUCCAAGUGGCAUCUUGGUAUUAGGUCUCAGUCAAAGCCUAACGAUAUUAUGAAUGAAGUGUAUCGCGCUAUGGCAGCUCUCAAUUUUGAAUGGAAAAUUAUCAAUGCGUACAGUGUCCGAGUUAGACACAAGAACAAAGUGACUAAUAAAUACAGCAAGAUGUCUUUGCAACUCUAUCAAGUAGAUUACAAAAAUUACUUGCUUGAUUUUAAAUCGAGAUCAAGCGAGGACACAGAAAGCGUCAAUGAAGAUUCUAUGAAUACCCAGUCGCAACUAACGGGUCACCACACAAUGGAAUUCUUCGAAAUGUGCGCAGCGUUAAUAACGCAAUUAGCUCGUUAAACUUUCAAGAACGAAAAAUAAACUUAUCUAAAGUACAAGAUGAAAGCCAUUGAUACUUCUUCGCGGAAAAGGUCACGCGAAAAUGGAGAGGAUAUAACAGAGGAAACUUGAAUGAACAAAAAAGAAGAUGAUUAAAUUACCAAUGUUUAAAAUUGAACGCAAGUCAAAUUUUUAACGAUCGAUGUUCAAGGAAUGAAUUGUACAAAACAAAAAAUGAGGAUCCGAUUAUUUAUAUUGUAUGUAUUAGCCGAACUUAACUUGAUACCUAAAUGGGGAAUUUGGCGGUAUUUAGCAGUCAGUUCUGUAAAAGAAAAAAAUCUUUAUUUUAAUAACUAGGAAUUUAGAGCUACUGUGUAGUGUGUAUUUAUAUGUAUAUUAUUUGUAAGCGGUAAAAAAUAUAUAUAACGUAACAAUUCAAUUGUUCGAAAUGCAUUAAAUUUGUAGAUUUUUCUCCCGAGUAGGUGUUCUUGGCUAAAAAUGACUGUUACUUUUUAUUUUAAAAUCAUGUUUUUUUAUUUUAUUAUAAAUUAAUAAUACAAUUACUUAAUUAGCUACCUACCGCGGCUUCUUUUUUUUUUUUUUAUUCUACUCAUACAUAAUUCUCUAUGUUAUUUAUCUAGUUUUCAUCCUAAGCAUUUUAUUUUAUUUAUCGAAUAACCAGCUCAAAAAAGAGUGUUCUGCUCCGUAUACUAUUAUCAACCAAAAUAACUAACGAAACCUGAAUAUACAUAGGUAGGUAUGUGCGCAUGUUACAAAAAUAUACAAAUAUCACUUUUAUUAUAAACAUUUCCCAGUCAUAGUGAUCAUGUUCGGUUCUCUACACAUUUAAACGCGCUGAAGGAAUUUUUAAUCAUACCAAGCGAACAGCGAUAGAUAAAAGUAUGUGGCAUACUUUUACCCUAAUAACAUACACAUUAUGCGUGUCUUUUAUACAUACCUGAAACGCAAUUUUUACUUUUAUUCGUCUCUUCUUUUGGUCAGGAUUUUUGUAGGAUUGUAAUUUUGUUCCUUUCCUUAGUGUUUGCAUGUGAUGUUAAGAAAUGUAUAUUUUUUUCUUUAAAUUUCACGGCUUGCAGACAUUUUGGUUUCAGGUAUUCAUCAUCUAUGAACAUAUUGCGCAUUUAUAAAUCGGUCUAGUUUAUUAUUGCGUGACGGCAUUGUAGAUCGAAUAAUCUUAUAACGUUUAAACAUUUAAUUACUAUACAUUACAAGAAUUUUUACCUAUUAUAAGUAUGGUAAAACGUAAUCUAAAUAUUAUUUAAUAAAUUUGGUAAAUACAUGCCAUAUUAUAAUGUUAUUAUCAUCUAAAAUGGUGUUGUGACAAUUCAAAUUAUAAAUCUUAAGCACCAAAGACGACGAAUAGUAUACACAAUGGCACGGUCAUACACUAUUUUUAAUCUAUACAAAAUAUGGCCAGACUUUUUCUGUGAUUCUGCCAAUGCAGGUGAAUCGAAAAUGGGAAAAAUAGUUAAA